AUCACUUAUUUAACCAUGGUUACUUUCUAACCUCACUCAAACUCAACAUAAACCACUCUUAUCUUCUCUCUCUCACGCAUUUACACAAACACUUUAAACUCGUUAAUGGUGUCUCAGAUCUAACUCUCAUAACUGCACCACUCUCGUUCUUCACAAGCUUCAUUUCUUAGUUCAAACUCAACUAAACGACGCCGUUUCGUUUCUUCACAUGCAGAAAAUGACGAACCGUUUCCCUGAGGAAGUUCUCGAGUACGUGUUCUCCUUCAUUCAAUGUGACAAAGACCGAAACGCUAUCUCUUUAGUGUGUAAAUCAUGGUACGAGAUCGAACGGUGGUGCAGGAGGCAGAUUUUCGUCGGGAACUGCUAUGCCGUGAGUCCUUCAACGGUGACGAAACGGUUUCCGGAGCUGAGAUCCAUUUCGUUGAAAGGGAAACCGCACUUUGCGGACUUCAAUUUGGUGCCGGAAGGAUGGGGAGGUUACGUUAGUCCGUGGAUCGCGGCUAUGGCGUGUGGUUUGCCGUUGCUGGAAGAGAUUCGGCUCAAGAGGAUGGUUAUAACAGAUGAGAGCUUGGAGCUUAUUGCUAAGUCGUUUAAGAAUUUUAAGGUUUUGGUGCUUAUUUCGUGUGAGGGGUUUACGACGGAUGGACUUGCUGCCAUUGCUUCUAAUUGCAGGAAUUUGAAGGAAUUGAACUUGCAGGAGAGUGAACUGGAGGACCUUAGUGGGCAUUGGUUAAGCCAAUUUCCUGAUUCUUACACAUCAUUAGUGUCACUUAACAUCUCUUGCUUGAACAAUGAGGUGAAUUUGUCCGCACUAGAGCGUCUGCUUGGUAGGUGUCCUAACCUCCAGACUCUUCGUCUCAAUCAUGCUGCGCCCCUUGAUAAACUGCCGAACUUACUUAGCCGAUGUCCUCAGCUGGCUGAGUUAGGCACAGGAGUUUACUCAGCUGAGAUGCGUCCAGAUGUCUUUUCAAACCUAGUAACCGCAUUUGCUGGGUGUAAGCAAUUGAAGAACUUGUCUGGUUUUUGGCAAGUUCUGCCAUCCUACCUUCCGGCACUAAAUCCUGUCUGCACUAGGCUAACAUCACUAAACCUGAGUUAUGCUGUCAUUCAAAGCUCUGAUCUUAUCAAGCUUGUCGGUCAAUGCCCCAAUUUGUUGCGGUUUUGGGUGCUUGAUUACAUAGAAGAUGCUGGUCUUGAUGCCGUUGCUGCUUCAUGCAAGGAUCUACAAGAGUUGAGGGUGUUUCCUUCUGAUCCAUUUGGCUUAGAGCCAAAUAUUGCGUUGACAGAACAGGGUCUUGUCUCUGUAUCUAAAGGCUGCCCAAAGCUCCAGUCCAUUCUAUAUUUUUGUCGUCAAAUGUCUAAUGCUGCUCUAAAUACUAUUGCGCAGAAUAGGCCUAAUUUGACUCGCUUUCGCCUGUGUAUUCUGGAGCCUCGAACUCCUGACUAUCUUACCCUUCAACCACUGGAUUCUGGUUUUGGAGCUAUUGUAGAACAUUGUAAGGAUCUUCGGCGUCUUUCCCUUUCUGGCCUUCUUACUGAUCGUGUUUUUGAGUAUAUUGGAACUCACGCGAAGAAGCUGGAGAUGCUAUCUGUUGCCUUUGCUGGAGAUAGCGAUUUGGGUCUCCAUUAUAUGCUGUCUGGGUGCGAUAAUCUUAGGAAGCUAGAGAUCAGGGACUGCCCCUUUGGUGACAAGGCUCUCUUGGCCAAUGCGGCAAAACUCGAGACAAUGCGAUCCCUUUGGAUGUCCUCUUGCCCAGUGAGUUAUGGAGCAUGUAAGCUACUGGGACAGCAAAUGCCCAGACUUAAUGUUGAAGUCAUUGAUGAAAGAGGAUCUCCAGAUUCAAGGCCAGAUAGUUGUCCUGUGGAGAAGCUUUAUAUAUACAGGAGUACUGCCGGGCCAAGGUUGGACAUGCCUGAUUUUGUCUGGACAAUGGAGGAUGAUUCCUCCGUACGACUCGAGCAACCUAGCAGUGUAUAGAGCCAAGGAAUCCUUAUGAAUUUAAUGUGGCAGAUUUUAAUCCCAGGUACUGUAGGAUUGCGUUGAGGGUUUGAGCUCUCAUGUCAUUCAUUUUACAGUUUGGCCGAGCCCUGGGAUGUCCAUUUACUAAUCAAUAGAGACCAAAACUAUGUUGUUGUAUGUGCAUUAGAUACAAUUGUUGUAUUAUUCCUCAUACUGUAAUGUUUGCAGACUUAAGGUUUAUACAUUUAUUUAUAUUCAUGUUGUUUC